UUUCUAUCAUAGUUGUGGCGUUUUUGUUUCUCGGCAACUUAAUAUUGAUACAAAAUGCAGCAUGUCAAUAUUUAUAUCUUCCUUCCACCUCAGUUCUACAACUAACAUCACCCAAUACCUUGCAAGCCCAAUACAAACAUUCCACUUAUUGCAAUUCGCAUAUUACACAACAGCCACCAUGCACUUCUCUAAAGCAGUUACUACCCUCAUCUGCGGGUUCUCUUUGUUGGCUUCGGCCAGCCCAGUGCCUGAGCCAAAUGCACUUUCCGCUGGAACUCUUGAUUUCCAAGCCCGAAGUGCAAAUGAAGCUCGCUAUGGAGGAGACAGAGAGGACAACAAGAAGCGCUAUGGAGGAGACAGAGAGGACAACAAGAAGCGCUAUGGAGGAGACAGAGAGGACAACAAGAAACGCUAUGGAGGAGACAGAGAGGACAACAAGAAACGCUAUGGAGGAGACAGAGAGGACAACAAGAAGCGCUAUGAAGGAGACAGAGAGGACAACAAGAAGCGCUAUGAAGGAGACAGAGAGGACAACAAGAAACGCUAUGGAGGAGACAGAGAGGACAACAAGAAGCGCUAUGGAGGAGACAGAGAGGACAACAAGAAACGCUAUGGAGGAGACAGAGAGGACAACAAGAAACGCUAUGGAGGAGACAGAGAGGACAACAAGAAGCGCUAUGAAGGAGACAGAGAGGACAACUAA